GUACAAGUAUCUAUGAUGUUUUCAUCAGGUCUUAGCUGUAAUCUCUCCUUUCCCAGUUGUCUGGGAUACCCUCAAGAUAGUGAAGAACUCAUACCAAAAAUGGCUCGUGAGCCAAUAAUCCUUAAUGUUUAUGACAUGUAUUGGAUAAACGAAUAUACUACACCUAUAGGAUUGGGUGUAUUCCAUUCAGGAGUUGAAAUUUAUGGAACAGAAUAUGCGUAUGGAGGACAUGCUAAACCAAUCUCUGGAAUUUUUGAAAUUGCACCUCGAGUUGCAGAAGAAUUAGGAGAGCAAUUUAGAUAUAGACAGUCUGUACAUAUUGGAUACACAGACUUCACAGAAGAAGAUGUGAGCAGAAUUGUUGCUGAAUUAGGAAAAGAUUUUAGAGGCGAUCGUUACCAUUUAAUGAAUAAAAAUUGUAACCACUUCAGUAGCCAACUUACACUUAUUCUCUGUGGUCAAGAAAUACCAGGCUGGGUAAAUCGUCUUGCAUACUUUAGUUCUUGUGUACCAUUCCUCCAACGCUGUUUACCAAAAGAAUGGUUAACACCUGAUGCGCUCCAACAUUCUUUGAGUCAAGUCAGUUAUCAUGAAAGCACACCACCAUCAGAUACUUCGUUGUAACAUAUGGCUAAUUCUGUGGAAAGGGGAGGUUUAAAAUGCCGUAGGAGUUACACCUUCUAGAGAAUUUAUGCAACAAACAAAGGAAGUUUAUCAUGACAGUGAAUAUAUAUCGCCAGGAUUAUGAAAUUCAAGAAA